GAAGAACCGAGGCCAAGAGACGAUCACUAUCGCCGAAUGCGCCCAAGAUCGUCAGGGCGAACCACCUUGAUUCCGUCACUUGCGGGGUUUCCAGAACAUAAUCUAAUUCUUCAGUCUCGGGGGAAAUGAGUCCGAUUGAUAUAUCUGCUCCCUAUGCUCUGCCGUCUUUCUUCACACCAUCAAAUCCACCACCAUGUGGCACACCUGGCUCUGGUUAGGUCUCCUCGCCAUCACAACCUCAGCAAGCACAGACUUUGGCACAUUCCAGAAUACCUCGAAUCAUGUCCGUCCGAAAUUCCGGUACUGGCUCCCCGAUCCCAGCGUCGACACAGCCACCGUGCAAGACGACAUUAAACGGGCCGCCACGAUCGGGGCUGGCGGCAUCGAGUUCCUCCCGCUGUACAACUACGGGGGCGAUAUGGUGAGCGAGCCGAAAGGCGCGGAUUGGGCCACGUAUGGAUUCGGUACGAAGCCGUUCAACGACAUGUUUCGGGCUGCGUUGGAGGCCGCUAAGGAGGCCGGGUUGUUGAUGGAUUUUGCGAUCGGGGCGAGUCAGGGGCAGGGGGUUCCUGCUAAUGUUACUGAUGAGGGACUGCAGUGGGAUUUGGCACCGUUUAAUGUGACCGUCUCGAAUGGAUCGUUCAACGGCAUCAUCCCCGGCUGGGGAACAGGCGAUCUUGUCGCGCUGGUUUCUGCUCAAGUGCUGGCCUCGUCGACCAUCACCAACGCAGGGAAUGCCAUUCUCGGUGCAGAAGCAACGAAUUCCACCUUGCUGACUUUGAAGGAAUCCAGUCUGCGCGACUGGACGAGCCACGUUGCACCCGAUGGUAAGGCAUCACUGCAGUUCAACGCCACGUCGGAACACAAGCUCUUUGCGUUCUAUCAGUGGCAGACGCUGGCGAAGAAUGUCGAUAUCCAGAGUAACGCGACGGGCACGUUCUGGGAUAAUGGGUCGUAUACGGUGGAUCACUUUAGUGGGAGAGGAGCGAAUGUGACGAUUGACUUUUGGAGGAAUUAUAUCCUCAACAGUGAGGGGAUUGGGGAGUUGUUGGCCGAAGUUGGUAAUCUGGCCUGGGAAGAUAGCCUCGAGAUCAAAUCCAACGUCUCGUGGACGCCCUCGCUGCCCUCCAUGUUCCGCGCCCUGCAUGGAUAUAACAUCCACAAGUACCUCCCCCUGAUGAUCUUCGGCAACAACAAUCCCGGUCUGCAGCCCUCCACCCCCGGCACGAUUAAAUGCAUCCUGGAAGACGCCGAAAAGACAAUGGGUUACGUGAACGAUUUCCGCGCGACGCUCGUCCAAGGAUACCGCGAGUACCUGCAAACCCUGACCAACUGGGCAGAGAACGAACUCGGUCUGAAAAUCGUCCCCGAGUGCGAAAGCCUCGCGUUUGAAGAUAAAAUCGAUUCGUACCGCCAGUUCUCCGGGUCUGCGAACGUCGCUGGGAAACCCAUCAUCUCGAACGAAAUGGGCGCCAACUAUGGCAAGUCGUUCGCGUUGCCGGCGCGUGAACUGCUCGGCGAGAUCAAUCGCGCCAUGGCCGGCGGCGUCAACCAGAUCGUGCUGCAUGGACAGACAUAUACGGGCAAUUUCUACGAAACCACCUGGCCGGGCUACACGGCGUUCUUCUUCCUCUUCUCGGAAUCGUACAUGAACAAGCAGCCGGCGUGGGAGAAUGGCUAUGCGGAUUGGAUGACCUAUGUCGGACGAAACCAGUUUAUCCUGCGACAUGGACAGCCAAGGACCGACGUGGCUGUGUAUAAUAAGCAGUCGGAGACGGAUGCCAAUCUGGAGGUUCUCUACCAGAGCAGUGAUAUGGUCGAUGCUGGGUAUACGUAUACGUACUUGUCACCGGAUAACUUUGACUUGGCCCAGAUGACGGUGACGGAUGGGAUGCUGGCGGCGGGUAGUCCGGCGUACAGGGCGAUGGUGGUCACCAGCGAGCAGAAUGUGACGCUUGCUGCGGUGGAUAAGCUGAAGAAAUAUGCGCAGGAUGGACUGCCAGUCAUUCUGAGUGGAGGAGAUCCAGGAUACUAUGCGAGUGGGAAUGGGAGCAGUGAAGCAGCUGUCAAGGCAGCCAUUGCAGAGCUGAAACAGACGGCCAAUGUGCAUUCCACUGGAAAAGGAGAGAUUGCAUCCAAGCUGAACGCCCUCGGAAUCAACCCCCGUGUCAGAGUGGCCACCAAUGGCACCUGGUAUCCUGUGCUGCGGACGGACAGCAGCACCGACUAUGUCUUUCUGUUUGCCGAUGGAAAGGCUUCAUCUGGUUACAUCGAGGUGGAGAUCACCAAGUCGCCAUACAUCCUCAACGCAUGGACCGGAGUGCAGCAGCCAGUGCUGGAAUAUCGGCGGCUAAACAGCAGCAUCAUCGUCCCUCUUCGCCUCGGUGCCAACCAGACCGUCAUCCUGGCUUUCGACGAUAGUCGGGAUACCCCCUCCCUCCACGCAACUCACCUCCCCUCCAGCGCUGUCGGAUAUGAAUAUUCCUCCCACGGCCUGACCCUGCAGGUCGCUGCAUCAGGCCAUGGCAACCUCACCCUCUCCUCCGGCAAAUCCAUGACCAUUUCCAAGAAAGCAUCUCCAUCCUUCGCCCUGCACAAUUGGUCCCUCGUCGCAGAGCACUGGGAAGCCCCCUCCAACCUUUCCGAUGCCUCCAUCAUCGCCUCCAAGCGCAACACCACCCACGCCCUCCCCGGCCUCGUCUCGUGGCUCGACAUCCCAGCUCUGGCCAACGCAUCCGGAAUCGGCUACUACACCACCUCCUUCAACUGGACUGCCUCGGAUGGAGAUGGAGCGUACAUCCACCUCCCACCCAUUUCGCAGGGUCUCCGGCUCCACGUCAAUUCGCACCUCCUGCCGCCUCUGGAUUAUAACCAGCCCAAGGCAGAUCUACGGCCGUAUCUAGUCACCGGCGUGAACCAGAUUACGGCAGUCGUGCCCACCAUGAUGUGGAACUACAUCCGCUCGAUAUACGACGAGUUGGAGGUAUCGGGCUCCCCGCCGCUCCUGACUCCGUUACCUGGACGGGUGGAUAACGGGUUGAUUGGCGAGGUCAGAAUCAUCCCGUAUAGCAAUAUCACCGUCUGAUCGAUAGAGGCUAUGUAAAUGAUUCAUGUAUAUACUACUCCAACACACAGACAGUGGGGAGCGGGGUAAUGGGACUUUUGGGACAGCCCAGAACCCACAAUCUCACUGUAUCAACCCUUUCCGAUAUAGCUCGAUAUUAGCUUCACUAAGUUUAACCCUGUCGAUCGGGGCUCCAUCGCGGCAAAUCGAAAAUCCAGCUGAUGUUGCGCAGCUGCAAAAGUACCUCGUAAAAAAGAAAUUAAUUCCUCUCAGUCGGGAUAUUAAUCCUUGCCUACCGAUAGGAUAUCCACUUUCA